UCAACCUAUAGACGAGCCAAGGCAGUCUGCAAAUCAGUGGAAGCAAAGUGAAUAAGAUAACAUACCUCAGUGAAGGGUGAAGUGUGUAAGUGUGCACAGUGCAGUAACUAAGUGUGCAAAGUGAAUUACUUAAUUGUAGAGAAGUACCAAGGAAGACCGAAGAAGCAAUACAAAGCGGAACAGGUCAAAAGAAGAACCCACCUUCCCUGCCACUGUGUGCACCAUCAAGUGUGACCUACUGGCUUCUCUCGGAUAGCGCAAUGAAUGAGAACCAGCAGGACUCUGAGCCUUUACUCGACGAUGCGGAUUACCAGCUCCUCCGCAGUGACUCGUUCCUAAACCGCUUGGGCUCAAACAACUUUGCUUCCCUCAUCGAGGCUCCCGCCGCCCCAAUACCUGAGAACGAUGUGGCACAGCAACAGCCCCAGCCCCUGCACCACCACCAGCCACCCCACCACCCUCCACAGCAGCAGCAACAACUAGAGAUGCAGCUCCUCCACGACGCAGACAUCAUCGACCCCCUGUUUAUUGACAGUAGCUUGCUGGCAGUACCUCAGAGUAAUCUACAUUUGGAUCCGAAUGAGAGCUGGAGCCAGGUGGAGACGAUCCAGAGUGAGACUGACAGCCUUAGCUCACUCCUGAAUCAUGAGGCUCCUGUGGCCAUAGUUGAUGGGAGCAGCAGCAUAUCCUACCUUCCUGAUAGCACACCAACCCAGGUAGUGCCCUCCCUCCAAGCCUGGCCUGGACAAUAUGACUUUCAGAUCUCUCUCCCUAUUGAGAACAAGGAUAGAAAUAAGUGGUGCUUCAGUACAGAACAAAAUAAGCUGUACCUGUGUCCUCAUGUUGCUGUUCCAAUAAAUAUACAGUUGCUGCAGUUUAUUGAUGCCUCCAUCACCAUCACCCCAGUCUUCAGGGACAGUCGUCAUCGUGUACAGCCUGUGGUGCCAUGCUUUAAUUGCAAAAGCAAAAUAAAUAAUGAUACCAAGGAUCACUUAGUCAUGGUGGAGGGACAAGAAUGUGACUACAAGAUGGUCAAUGAUCGCUUUGUGGUGUCUGUGCCCCUCCACCCCCCACCCCCUGGCGAGGCAGCCUCCACCCUGUUGCUGCUACUGAACUGUCUCACAUCAUGUGUCGGGGGACCUAACAGAAGACCAUUUUGCCUUGUGUUCACUCUUCAUGACAACACUGGGGCAGUCAUUGGGCGCCAGAUAUUAGAUUUGAAGUGUUGCAAGUGUCCAUCUCGUGACCUGUUAAAUGAGGACAGGGCUGCAAUUCGAAAUCGAGAGCAUGCUCUUCACAGUCACCCCCCUGGGGAUCGCUCGCAGGCUCUGAAGAGAUCGGCACCAGUAACUACUACUGGGGAUAAGAAGAGGCGUUUCAACAUCAAGCUGGAGCCGGGAACAGAGCAACGCUACAGGACACUUCCGGUCCCUAUUGAGUAUGUGCCCCAGGUGAAGAGAUACAUAAACUGCCUUAUUAGUGAAGCUUACAUGCGUCGAAACAUGCCCAAGAUGUUGCUCUUUUCUGAAGAUGAAAUUUAGAAAACAGUUCUUGAAGAUGUGCUGAUUAGCAAAAACUGCUGCCGAGGGACCACAAAAUAGAGGCACAUGUUUUCAUGAUGCCUCAAAGAGUAUCAGUUAGCUAGCCCUCACCAAUAAAUUUCAUCUUUAUUAGUGAUAGAAGUAUGUUUUAUUUGUUCACUGAAAACUUUUUGAUUAUUAUUGUAGAGAUCAAUCGUACAGUAAAAGCUCAGUUAUCUUCAUUUUCUGUAACUUGGCAUUAUCUGCAUAGGGACUCAGAUCUGCAAGACUAUCAACAUAUCCUGAUAAGGAUUGACUAAGUUGAGGAAAAGAUCUGAAUUAAGACUGAGAGACACAGAACUAUCACAAUAUCCAUGUAACUUCUGUGUCAAUUAGGAUUGUAAUAACUCCUUCAACAUUAUCCAGAUCCUUCAUUUAUCUGCACUGGCCCUCAAUUAAUGUGGACAACUGAGUGUUUACAGUACAACGAUCCAUUGUAUAGUGAUGGUUGCCUGUACUCAUUAUGAAAGUAUAUUUGGUUCAGAUAGGUUCACUGGUGUACUUUUAGGGUGAUUCUUUGCACAGUUUGUUAUUUCCUUUAAAAUGUUUUGGCACCUUUGAGGAGUUCUUAUUUUUCUGAUAGACAGUAAAAAGAGAUAUGCUAAUUUCAUUGAAGAUAAAUGAGCACAACCCCAAUUAUGUGCACCAGCAAUGUGAAAUGAUUGUCUUAUAACUGUAAUUGCAGUGUUGAUUUUUUUUUUUAUCUUAUUCUACUUAGACAUUAAGUAAGUCACUCAAAAUGCCUGAAACAUUUUCACAAAGAAUACCUCUUAAGCACAGUAAAGUUAUGAAAAUUAGUAACUAAAGCUGGCGUCACACUGGACCCAAAUCUGGCGAGCACGAGCUCUUGCUGGCAGCUUUUGCUCGCGAGCAAGUCACUGUUGUCAUCACACUGACGAGUGACAAGGGGCGAGCGGCGAGCAACAUUGUAAACAAAGCCUCAACCAUGGCGUCUACGCUUCGCAUUACGGCUAAGUGUGCAGCUGUGACGACAUUACUUGCCGUUAUUCAACGAGCUCAGAAGAAGAAAAGACGAGUCUGGGUUCGGUCAUGGCUGAAGAGAAGGGAGAGAGACCCAUGAUGUGUACAACAUCAUAACAUCAUAACUUUCUUCAGCGUAAACUUACAGAAAUCUGGAUGGCUGUGGUCCCAUAUAACUCGGGAUGGUCCCUUACUCUUGCUAUUAAAGAAUGUACAAUGAAGGAGGACAAGUGAACUUUUGAAUGAGGAGAGGUGGCCAUGGCGAGUGUUUAUAUCAGCUGGCCUGGGCGGUCUUGGUCUUGGUCUUGGAAAUCAAAAUAAAAUCCAACACUACUUUUCUCAACAUUAUAAAAUAUUACAAACACCGUCAAACAUAAAAGGAGUAUGUGAAUAAGUUUUCUAAUAUCAUGGGUAUACGGAUUCAAUGCAAUAGGUAAUAUAUAUUAUUCACAUAUCGGUGCACCAAAGAGCUCAUUUGACUGCCUGCUUGCGGCUCGCCGAGCUGCUCCCUGUCCAAGCGGCGAGCUAAACGCAGGAACAAAAGCUCGGGAGGAAGCCAUCCCUCCAGCAAAAGCUUCUGCUCGCCAGAUUUGGUCCAGUGUGACGCCACCUUAAGCCUAGCAGGACUUGUAUCCUUAAUUUACUGUAUGCUGCUUUCUCAGAUAUACAGGGGGAAGAGUUGUUAUGAAUAGCAGAAAUAACUCUUAAGCAUACUAACCCAAACCCCUAAGUAGUGUUAAAUAUUAGACACCCAUCAAAGUUCUCCCUUUUGUGUAUUUGUUUUCCUGUACUAUUUUACUUUUGUUAUAUUCUUUUGAAAGCUACACAUGAAUCAGUCUUUUUCUUUGAACAAUUCAAAAGUUAAUUAUUUAUAUUUUAAAAUUGCUUGAGGAAUUUCAUCUUUUCUCAUGCAUUUAUGAAAAUUUUCUUAAAGAACUAUGUUUCAUUAUAAUUUCAGUUUUUUAUCAUGAAGGGGUAUAUACUUAAAACAAUUACAGUAAUUAUAAUACAUUGGUAAUAAUUGAUGAAUUUAUAUUGUUGUUAGUUGUAGAGCUUUGUGCUCCAUUCAUGGAUGUAAAUUGUGAGGUCAAUUUCAUUUCUUCCUACUUAUACUUUUUUUUCCGUAGAACUAUACAUUUUGUCAUUAUCAUAAAUUACAGAAAUUCCAACUAUAUUAUCUCUGUGUAGUCCUACAAUAUUUAACAUUGAUUGUGAAAAUAUUCUUUUUAUUUUAUUUUAUUUUUUAUUUAUUUAUUUAUUUUUUAUUAUUAUUAUUCAAUCCUUGUUAUUUUCAUGAAAGGAACUUUACACUUGUUUAGUACUUACACUAUUCCAUGUAAAACACUCACUGCAAGCCUGCUGAAAUGUUCAUAGUAUAUAUUUUUGUAUUUCAAAAUACACUUGAGAAAAUGAGAAAAGUUAUGCAAGUGAGAA